GGUACUUUUAACUCUUUUAUUCCCUCCCCUCCGUGCUCAUUAACUUCAGAGAUAACCCUCUCAUUUGCCUUUUUACCCUUGUUUCUUUCCUUCAAAAGUGCCUUCUGGAAAGCAGGGACAUCAGACCGACCACACUUUUUUAAACAAAACCUUUUUUUCUGUCCUGAUCAAAUCAAAUCUUCGGCAACUGAAGCUCGGCGCCUUGAUUGCAGAGCGCCUGCAGUUCAAUGACACCCCUAGCCGGUCAAAUGGACAGCACCGACGUCUGUUUUUACUGACGGUGGAAUCAACCGACACAUGUACCCGUGAUUCAUUAACCUGCGCCAUAAAGAAGACUGAGAGGAAGCGUCUGACGGGGGAGGAAGCGAACAUGAAGUUCAUUCGCCAUGUCUAAGACAGCGGUGAAGAAGCUGCACUGGCGCUCCAAUGUGCAGGACAGCUUUGUCCCCUUGCUAGGCCCGUCGGGGGAGUUGGGCAUCGCCAUUGGUGGAGGAGCAGAUUAUGGAGAGUUUCCUUUUGUCACGUCGGCUCCCGGGGGUGGACUCACAGUGGGGGAUAUCAUCCUAGAGAUUGGGGGAACACCAGUAUUAGGGAUGACUUUAGGAGAUGUCCGUGGUGUCCUCAACUCCUGCCCCCAUCCUAUCCUCAUCAAAACUGUGUCACCAGGCUCCACAUUGUGCAAGGAUCUCAGGUUGUAUCUGAGUAAGUGCUUCACGCCCGGCUCAGUGGACAGCCAACUUCAGCAGGUCAUCCGAGAGAACCUCUACCUCCGCGCUGUACCUUGUACAACCAGACGGCCCAGGGAUGGGGAAAUCUCAGGGGUAGACUACAACUUUGUCUCCAUCGAGGAGUUCUUCUCCUUGGAGGAGUCGGGAGCUCUGCUUGAGAGCGGAAAGUUCAAAGGGAACUACUACGGCACACCUCGACCCGUCCACAUCAGCUCAGAGAGCCCCCCCAUCACCUACCAGGAGCACCGCAACCUGCUCAGAAACUUCCGCACUCGCAGCAAAUCACUCAGCAACCUGGAGAAGGCUGCAGGGGACGGAGAGAACAGCGAGGACGACUCAGGCCUGUCAGGAGGCUCUGCAGGUGUCAGCAGCAGGGUCCCUCCUAUCCAUCGGUCCCCUGGUCGAGCCCGGGCAUCCAGCAGCGGGGAUGGCCAUGCCAUAGAGAACGGGAUCAUCAGCAGCAGAAGUGGUGCCAGGGUGAGAGGUGUGAUGCCCGAUCACUGGGAGCUUGCCUUCAGUGACCCAGGAGAGUCUCACUACAUAGAUCGCAACCCAAAGAGGACCAGCUGGCAGAGUCCUCAAGCCUCAAGCAGGGAAACCGUCUACAAAAAUGAAUGGUUCACAGAUCUGCCCGGGGAGCUCAGGGGUUUCCCUGUGCAUACACACUUGACCAAGGGCUCCAGAGGGUUUGGUUUCAAUAUCGUCGGGGGCAGCAGGCCGAGAGAGUUUCUUCAGGUCUACAGUGUGACUGCAAGUGGACCCUCAGCACUCAAGACAGCGGACAUCCUGGUCUACAUCAAUGACGUUUGUGUUUUGGGAGUGUCUCACAAAGAGGUGGUAGAGAUGCUCAAGUCGGUGCCUGUGGGCCACAGUGUGGAUGUAGAGGUAAGGAGAGGGUACCCCAUGCUCUACAACCAUGACGGCUGUCCAAAGCAGCCCCCACCAAGGCUAAUGGACAGUGGGGAACCCAUUGUGCCGCCCACCACCACCCAGCCUCAACCUCGCCUCCCAACACCCACUCCCCAGACCCAGCACUUUAAUGGGUUCCACAGCGACAGGAGCUACAUGGAACCAGGGGUGAUGCUAGACUCUAAUGGAAAUGCCGCGUUUUUUACUGCCAGGCAGCUGCCCUCAUACAGACGCUCCAGUAUGAGCAAUGCUGUCUCCACCUCCUCCCCUGUGCGGCCUCCUCGUUCCCUGAGAAGUUUAGCCAGGCUACAGUCAUUUGACCCAACACUUGCCAGCCAGAGUGACAGUGAAGUUGUAUCAGCCAUUGGUUCACACAGGGCAUCAAUGAUCCGUAAUCACAACAAUAACUCCCUGCCAACGCCCCAACAUCCUUUUCGUUACGGCACGUCCAAGUCUUCUGAGAGUGACCUGUCCACCUGCACCCUGUCGGGGUCCCGGCUGCCCCUGCCGCAGUCGCCGAGGAGGCCCGUGUCCUCCCCCGGCGGCCCCCACAGCGCUCAGUCCCGCCUCUUCAGACCUCAGACGUCACAUCUGAGACCUCCCCCUGCCCCCGACAGCCCCCAGCACCGCGGCUUCAACAGUUACCAUGGCAACGGCAGCCCCACUGCGAGUCCCAGCAGUGUGUCCUCUCCCGGGGCGAUGAGCAUGAGCCGUGGAGUCGGCGGUUUGAGCGGGGGGGAGCUGGUGCCAGUGGUCUUGGCCCAGAGUGAAGGAGACAGAGGACUCGGCUUCAGCGUGACAGCUGGCGGUCCAGGAGGCAGGAUGACCAUAGUGAAAAGAGUCUGGGACAGGAAGCAGUGCAACUCCCUGCAGCCAGGGGAUGCUAUUGUCAAAAUCAACGGAGCAGAUGUCCAGAGUCUUAGCUUUGCACAGGUACAAACGGUUCUUCAGGAACAUACCAAACAAGCAGAAGUCAUCUUGUUGAUUUACAGAGGAGGCAUCUAUCAUUCAGCCGUCUCCCCCGGCUCUAUUCGGAGACUUCCCCCGCCUCUACUCCGCCCCCCUCCUCCACCUGUUGGUUCAGACAACUCUUCUGUGCUCCCAGAAACACUGCCUAUGCCUCAUACAUCCAUUAGCACACCUCCCUCCCCAGCCCCCAUGCACUCCUCUCUGAUCCAGAGCACCAGUUUCUUGGAGUCAAUUCCAGUGACCCUGACCAUGGAACCCAAAGACUGGAUGAACACGGGCCUGGAGGACGAGGCGGGCGGCGUCACAGUGCCUGAUUCAGGUCUGGAGAGGCAGGGUGGUGAACGAACUCGGCCGCUCCGCGGGUUCGAUGUGGAGCUGAGGAGGAAACCAGGAGAGGGCUUUGGGUUCGUCAUUGCCUCUCAGGAUGUAGAGAAUGGCAAAGCUGCUUCACUUCUCCCUCACCGGUUUGUGACGGUCCGUCGAGGCAGCCCAGCAGCCAAGAGCGGUCAGAUCCGGCCUGGAGAUCGAUUAGAGGCAGUGGAAGGACGCCCUGUGGUGACUCUGCCUCAUCGGGAGCUUGCUCAGAUCCUUCGUCGGGCAGGAAACACUCUGCGCCUCACUAUUGUCCCCCGUCCCAGCACCUAUUCUUCAAGCCUCUCAGAAACAACCGAGUAUGACACUGGUCACAGAAGCAGAAAGGGUCAAAGGUCGCGUCCAAAGCGUGAUUCCAGAUACUAUAGUGUAGACCUGGAUCGUGGCCCCUCAGGCUUUGGCUUCAGCCUCCGAGGGGGAAGUGAGUACAAUAUGGGCCUCUACGUCCUGGGACUGAUGGAGGGGGGGCCGGCGUCACGGAGCCAAAAAAUGCAGGUCAGCGAUCAGCUCGUGGAAAUCAAUGGGGACAGUACAGCAGGGAUGACCCACAGCCAGGCGGUCGAGCAGAUCCGCAGAGGAGGCCACCGCAUCCACUUGGUGCUCAAAAGAGGAAACGGCUACGUGCCCGACUACGGCCGUGAGCACAGAAUCACCUCCCCCUCCCUCCUGCGUCACCCCAAGGAGCAGGGUUUGGCUGCAGUAGACUCCACCGGGCGGAAGGGGCACAGCUCCAAGAAGAAGAGGAGAAGCAGGUCUUCAAAUGGACACCGGAAAGAGAAAGGGACAGGAAGGACAAGACGGAGCUUAGAGGGAGGAGGGCGCUCGGGUUUACAAAGCCCCAUCUCUGACCGAGGAGAGGGGUCUCGGGAAGACAGGGACAGGAGGAGCAGAAGGAGGAGGAGGAGAACACGGGAGACUCAGAGUUUACCCAGAGAUGCCCUCAGGAAUUUUGAUAGUGAAACAGAAAGAGGGACAGUGAGGGGAAGGAAAAGGGAGAGGGGGAGGGGGAGGAGCAAAACCAGAACGAGGAAAAGUAGAAGUGAGGAGAGGGCGAGGAGGGUUGAGGGGGAAGACCCUGAGCAAGAGGAAGAGCGGGAGGUACCUGCUGUUGAGGAGAAGGUGGAGGAAAGGAUGGUGGAGGUGGAGGAGAGAGUUGAUUUAGAUAGAAAAGAGAGUGAAGAGGAUGUUUUCCUACCUCUUCCAAGUCCUAACCAAAAGCUUCCCAGACCAAAACAAAACUGGGACGUGGAGAGUGAUGAAAACUGGGACGUGGCAGCAGAGUACAGGGAGCUGAGGAAAGAGAAGGAGAGGCCAUGGGCUGGUGACAGGGGUGAAAACAGUGAGAUGGAGCCGAGCGAGGAUCAGAAAGACGACGGUGCACAGAGCAGGCGUGACAGGAGGCCUUUACCGAGCGUUGCUGCGAUAGAUCCGGCAUCACAGAGAAAGCCCUUCUCCUUCCUCACCUCCACGCUGUCCGUAGAGCAGCUGGAGGAUGAUGAGUCAGAGUCUGGAGGCAGCCAAUCUGACACCAGCGUGUCUGCUGCCAGCAUCUCAGGCCUUUCCCUGGCCGCCACAGUGACAGGCCGGCGCAGGGCCGAGGUGCUGCCAGGCCCCUGGCUCACACCCAGCCAGCGGAGGGUGGCUCAGGUCGUAGAGGGGAACGGACGCCACGGGCGGCAGACAGGGCAGGGAGGAGAAAGAAGCACAGUCUCUUGACUUUUAACAGGAAGUAGAGCAUGCAGCAGCUGAAUGAUACGGCAUCAGAUUCUGUCAGUCUCACACUGUUGUUUUUCUGCAGCUACUCACACUACCGACAUCUUCUCUCAGUCACCUUGAUAUCUACAGUAGUGUGAAGUCAUAUUUGUGCCUUUUUACAGCUGAUCUCUGGCUGAUUUUAAAUGUUCAUAUCACAUCUGAACUCCGAAACGACACCAGUCUGGUUAGGUUAUGUCUGUUUUGCUGGCGAAUCAGGAGCGGCACUGUUGCCCACACUACGCUUCACUUCUCUCUUUACAUUUGCAUCAUUUGUCACUGAUGUUUCCAGGACAACAAGGCAUUUAUUUAAGACACCUUGAUUUAGCCUUCUCCCUAUGCCCCUCUCACCAUCCCUGCAUCUCUGUCUUCAAGCAACUUUCACAGAGUGUCCUCUCUGAACUUUCCCCACCCCCGCCUACUGUACAAAGAGACUGCGCAGACAUUCACUUAUACCUCAUGAAGAUACUGAGCAAUAAUAAUGCAACUGUACAAGACUAUCAGCCAUCCAUUUCCACUGCAACUCGCCGAUCUGGUCCGAGAGGAGACAGUGUGACGUGUUUGUACGAUAUCCUCUCUGUCUCGUGUGGACACUCGCCUCGACUUGUAAUGUUGUUCCGUUUAACCGAAUAUUUGAUUGUGAUAAUACAAUUCCCUUUGAAAGCAGGUGUGAAAUCUAUAUUCUGUAAAUAUCUGUAGAGAAAUAAAUGACAGAACCUACUAUAAA